AUGUCUUUCGGAAAGCUUUACUGGUAUCCCAAGGCCCCUCGGGCGACCAUGUGCCUUUACAUCGCCGAAUACAACAAACUAGAUAUUGAGUAUGUGGAGGCGUGGCCUAUCAAGGUCGACGCAAGCAAGGGCGGAGUGGGGGAGGAUUAUCUGUCAAAAUUCCCUCCUGGCAAGGUUCCGGCUCUAGAGCGCCCAGAUGGAUUUACACUGUAUGAGUGCAUCCCUGUCUCUGUAUACUUGGCGAAGCAAGAUCCCAACACCAAGCUGCUGGGUUCAUCUCUUGAGGAAGAAGCCACAGCUCUGAAGUGGGCAUCUUUUGCCAACAGCGAGCUACUACCUCCGAUCAUGGCUUGGAUAAACCCGGUGAUCGGCAAGUCCCCUUCAUCGCCGGAAAUUCUCGCCACUGUUGAGAAGAACAGCGAGGCUAUGGUCAGCGUGGUAGAGAAGGCACUGACAGGCAAGAAAUAUCUUGUCGGAGAGACUUUGACUCUCGCCGAUCUCUUUGUAGUAGCUGCCAUUUCCAGAGGUUAUCAGUUCGUGUUUACCAAGAAGUGGGCGGCCAGUCACCCUGCUAUUCAUGAGUGGUGGAUGAGACUUAAGAGUGAGGAUAUUUGGAAGAAGAUUGAUGGCGAGCCUGUAGUCCUGGAUGACUGA